UUGAAUACACCACUGUUUACAAUGAAAAGAACAAAUAAUAAGCUAUAUAUUUGAGCAAGUCAACUAGUUAUCUGAAGCUGGAACGUGACGCGGCAGCAUUUACACUCUAUUUUAUUAACAUUAGCAUUCGGAAUCUUUUACGCAGCUUCGUUAAGCAUUCGCUUCUCUUCUUAAAUAGUCAUUUGGCGUAUUGCAUUUUCUGUGUACGAGCCAUGGUUUCCCUUCUUUUCGUCCAUGUGGUUUAGCUAGGCAGCUAUCUAGCAAGCUGUGUGCUAACUUCUUUUGUGGUCGACGCUGGCGAACAGUACGUUGUUUUUGCUAAACUUCUCUCUGGACAUUAAGUUAAACAUUUUGCCAGUAUUGUCUGAACGAACGACCCCCCUGGUUUGAUGGGUCCGAUAAUCGGGAUGUCGCCGGAUAAGAAAGCGGAAUCCCCGGGUGUGCAGGACGAGCGGGCGGGGCUGAGGGGCGCGUGCGGGGCGGGGACCCUGCCCGAGGCGGAGAGCGCCGCCAGCCCCCGGGCCACCAGCCUGGACCGCACGGGCGGGGCCGCCGAGGACGAGGAGCUCACCAACCUCAACUGGCUCCACGAGAACCUGCUGCAGAACUUCACCCUGGGGGGCCCGGAGGCCCAGCCCAGCGGCAGCCCCUUCUUCGACAUCGAGGGCGACGGCGGCGCCCCCCACGCCUUCUCCUCCCUGUCCUCCGGCUCUUCCUCCUCCACCUCCCCCUCCUCCUCGUCCCUGCUGGGCGGGCGGGGCGGGGAGAAGGACUCUCUCAAGGCCAAGCCCCCGUUCUCCUUCUCCCUGCUCAUCUACAUGGCCAUCGAGCAGUCGCCCAGCAAGUCCCUCCCGGUCAAGGACAUCUACGGCUGGAUCUUGGAGCACUUCCCUUACUUCUCUAGCGCCCCCACUGGUUGGAAGAACUCGGUGCGCCACAACCUGUCCCUGAACAAAUGCUUCCGCAAGGUGGAGAGGAGUCUUGGCAAGGCCAACGGGAAAGGCUCCCUGUGGUGCGUGGACCCCGAGUACCGGCCCAACCUGAUCCAGGCCCUGAAGAAACAGCACUUCCCCACCGCACACGUCUUCUGCACACCGCCCGCCUCCCCGCCCAGUGCCUCCUCCCCUCCGCGCCACCUCUUCCUGCAGGACCAGAGCUGCUCCCUCAAAGAGUCUGACAUUGACGCGGCCGCUGCCAUGAUGCUCUUAAACUCCGCCCCCGGGCAGCGGGCGGACCCAUGUGAUCCCGACAGUCCGAUGGACCUGUCCCGCCCGGACUCGGUCCUGGUCAGCAGCGACCCGAAACAGGACCACAACUACAGCAGCGCCCCCCUGCAGCGCUGCUCCUCCCACUGCAGCUCCUCCUCCCUGUCCUCCCUGGAGGAGGGGGGGCGGUCGGCCCCCCAGGCCCGCCGGGCCGGCAGCGAGGGCUUCCACAGCGACGAGGACUCGGACCCGGGCGAGGAGCGCACCCGCCGGGGCCGGCCGCCGGCCCCCCGCCACCCCGCCCCCGCCAGCGGCCCCCCGGGGAAGAAGGCGCGGCGCGAGGCCAAGCAGGAGGUGGACGAGGAGCUGAAGGAGGCGGCCGGCUCCCUCCUGCACCUGGCCGGGAUCCGCACCUGCCUGGAGCUCUCCAAACACGGCGCCAAGAGCAGAAAACUCAGCAGGAAAUGAGUGACCCUCACAGCCCCGUGACCCCUGACCCCUGACCCUGUGACCUGGUGCCUCCUCCUGCUCUCCGGUUUAGUGAAUCAUUGUUUUUUUCUUUUCCUGGGAUUUCUUCAGAUUAAAAAAAAAAGUUCUUCUCCAAACAUGGGAAUGUCCCUCCCCUUCACACAUGGCAAUAUUAUUCACACAGGAGAACAAAGCCAUAUUGAGACUUUUGCUACCGGGGGAAACAGAAAAGCAAGAAAUAACCACACCUUCACAGAAAUAACUGCCAACUUCAAUUGGUUAUACAUCUUGGUGCAAUUCAGAAUUUUUUUAUUGUCAGAUGAAAAGACAAAAAAAACCUGUAGGAAUUUCAUUAAUAGAACAGUUGCAUGCUUCCUACUCAUACACGUGUGUCCACUUCCAGGUGAAAUAUUUCUACCGAGAAUGAGUGCAUGUCUGUAACGUACAAACCUAACCUCCUGUAGGCUUACUUGACCUUCCUCCACCAUGAUGGGAAAAAAUUUAAAAAAGAAAAAAAGAAGUUAACACUGUUUUUGAAUAGAAGACCCUGGUCUUAAAAUACCAUACAAAGAGAAAUGCAAUAAUUAUUCCAAAACCUUUUUUUGUACAAUUCAGUUUUUUUCCUGAUGGAACCAUGGGGUGCGGAUGUGAUGAUGUUUGGACUUUUGUGAUUGCCCCACAAGGAUCUGGGAAGCAGGAUUGGACAGAGUGGUGGGGGCCAGGGGAGUAGAGAGGUGAACAGCCCCCUCCCUUUCAUGUCCGAUUACUUGGAGUGUUUUAAGAUGACCUGAGGGUAUCCAAACAGAACCGGGACUGCAGAACCGACCCCUCCAGUCCAGGGCUGUCAUCCCCCCCCCCUCCAUGCGCUUCAUCCCUCUCUUCCUGUCUUUCACCGUCAGCGUUAUUUCCAUCUUGCGUUUUUCUGUAUCCGUGUGCAAACUGAGACCGGAAUUUGCGGCAGACUUUUGUUUGGGGUUUUUUUGGGUUUUGGGUUCAGAUCCUAUGCAAGGCUCAGUGCGGUGGUGGGGAGGGGGGAGGUUUUGUGUGUGGGGGGGGCAGUAUUUAGCCUGAACACCUCCUGAGCGAGGACUGCCAGUGUUCGGGGGGUGAGGAGGGGGCACUCCCAGUCUGGCUAAUCGAAGGCAGAGGGAACCGGUCCAAUAGGAAGCAUUGCUGUGGGAAAGGAAAGACUUUUGCAGCGGCAGGCAGGCGGUAACCCAGCUCACGCACCUUCACCGUCGUCUUCAUCGCUGCCAGUGACGAGGCGGGCUCGUUACGUCAGCAGCGCCGGGGGGGACCUGCGGACCCUCAGACGCGGCGAGAGAAACGCGGUCUGCGCUGACAACUGGAGCGCGCGUUAGCCGAGGGAAGCAGUAUGCAAACGAUCUAAACGGCUCGUGGGCUGGCGCUCUUUACCCAGGGAAAUGAGACCGGGAGGAGGGCAGGCCUCGGCACAUUACUGACGGGCCUGUUUUACCGCUGCCUUUCAGCGCCCUAGGCUUACCGUCUUCUUUCACACGCGCAUUCUCCGCUAAUAUUCAAACGCAGAAACGUUUGUAAGGAGAGAGAGGAGGGAUGCAUGGAGGUGCCUCUACAGUCUAAGCGAGGGGUGGGGGUGUGCGUCCCCUGGAGGAUUCCCAAAUUUGGCGGGAAACCGAAGUCGAACAGAAAGGUCUUGGCGAGCUGCGUGCUGAUUGGCCAGACGGGCCUGCGACAGCCGACCGUGCGUGAAAAGUGUGGAGUGAAUAACAGCAAGUGGGAGAACGGGGAGGAAUCUGUGAGUGGAGGCCUCCCCUGUCUCUGUCUCUUCCUCCCUUCUUCCUCCACCUUAUUCUGAGACACCUGUGUCUGUGUGUUGUGUAUAUAUCUGCCGGGGGCCCCCAGCCGUGCCCGCAGACCUGUGCGUGGCGGUUUACACCCCUCUUGGUGGUGUGACCUGUCAGCACUUGCACAAGACGAACUGAAAGCUAGCGAACGCAAACCAUACAAGCUUCUCACAGGUGUGAAACGUGAUUCAAACAGUAUCCGCCUGCGUGCCACAAACCAUACUGCUGAAAUAGCAUUUCAUACACGUGCCAUGCCUGAAUAUCCAGUGCCACUGAGACACAUCAGCCUGGUGCGUAUGCAGGCCCUUAGUGACCCCGUGUUAUCAGUAUUUAUUUGGUGAGGGGGGAAAAGUUGGUCUUCCUCAGUCGUCUCUUCGCUGUUUGGGUAGGACCUGGGGUGACGUGCCAGUCGGAGUCUGUUCGAUUCCACGCUUCACUGAAGGUCAGGUCUAAAAUGUAGUAAGACCUGUGCAGUUUACGCUCGAGCCUUGAACCAAUCAAAACCGUACACCCACCUGCCAAUCAAAAUGCAGAAACUGGCGCACAGCCUGUGCUGUUGAUUUGUUGACGUGCUCGUGUCUGAGAGAGUCCACCUGCGAGGGGACCGCCGGUUUUGGGUCACGGCGCAGUUUGGUCAGGGCCUCGGUGUGCCCAGCGCGGGCUGGCCUCUGCCUCUAUGCCUCUGUCUCCUUUCUUUCUCUCUCUUUCAUUCUCAGUCCCUCCUUCCUCCGGCCCACUGAACAGAGCACUGAAGCAGGAAGUGUGUGUGUGUGAGACGUUUCCCUUCGACCACAGAUCCGUUCACUGCCAGAGACCGGCAUUUCCUCUGAUGUGUGUCGGUGAUGAUGUCAGUGAUGAUGUCAUAAUGCUUUGCGGGUUAUUUACGGUCAUAGGGCCCGUCCCGGCCUUUUUGAGUGGUUCAUGAGCAGCGAGUUCCCAGCAGCGUUAUUUUAAGGUUUAGGCAGCAUGUGACUCAUCCACAAAUCAGUGCCAAACUGAAAAAAAGAUCUUCAUUUAUUUACACAGAGCCACUUCCUGUUUGGCUCCAGUGUGUGGAUGCACCAUAGUCUUGUCUUUUAGUCACCCUGGUCCCAAGCAUGCUGUAAGGACAGUUGACCAGAGUAUACUUUCCGAACGAUUUAUGUUGAUAGACUGCCGUUUCCCAUUCUAGUGAAAGGUCAAAAAAAUUAGAACAUGAAAUUGUCUGGAUUGCAUCAGUGAUUAAUUUAUGCAUUAGACAGCGGUUUGUUUUUUUGGUUAUUUAUAUUAGGUCUAUUUAUAUGAAGCAGCCACCGAUCACUGCCUUGGUUGUCACGCCUGCGGACGGGAGCGGGCGCAUUCUGGAAAAUGGCGCUGGAUCCGCGAAGCGGUGGCGGCCCGUCGGGAGAGGCGAGCGCAGGGAACAGGCCGUCUGAGCGCCUCCCUUCAGAGCCCGGAGGCGUGGCCUGGAGGCGGUGCUCUCGGCAGCGAGGGCCGUUGGCUGCUGAAGACCGAUUAGCCCACCGCGUCAAGGUGGCGCUGAUAGCGCGGGGCUAGGCUGCGUCUGGAGAUUCCCUUCACAAUGCGCCAAGUCUCCCACAGAGCGCCCCCGCCCCCUACAAUAACGUACCUAUCAUAGAUACCCCCGCGUUACUCUGGGUUAUUACAAUAGCGCCAGGAUAGACUGUGAUAUAACUUUACUGGGUGUUCAGCUGGAACUCCGUUUCCAUCGCUUCCUCCAGUUUGCCACCAAUCAGCGGACGUGCCACAAACCGUCUCGACCCCGUUUUAGUAACCCAGCUGUGUGUGGUGUUGCUGCUGCGGCCGCUGGAGCAUGCACGGCGCAUGUCUUCAGCACGGACAUCCCAUCGCAGCCCGCGUCUGCGGCGUAAGACUGCGACUGGGUGACGUGUGCGUUUUUCUGGGGCUGUGAAGCGCAGAGAGCUUAAUAAUAGUGCAUUAGUGCAGUAAUCCCCCCCCCCCUACCCCCACCCCCACCCACCACCACAACGGAUGCGCCGUGAUGCACAGUUUCCGCGCCUCCCGCCAUAGGCCACGAGCAGUUCAUCGCGUCUGCUUCUCCCCGAUUUCGGUAUUUAUUACACGCUGGGCCGCAGAAAGCCUGGGCGAAAAUUCAGAAUGCCAACACUCUACCUGUUUAAGCUAAGAUGUAGCAAAAUUUUAGGUGGUAGAAGGGUGUUCUGUAGAAUUUUUUUUUUUUUUUGUAUUAUAGGUUUUUUUUUUUAUUAAAUAAAAUUAUGUGAGAAUCCGGUGAGAAAAUUUGGAAAGCAGAUUUUUUGUGAGUGUGUGAGAGGGGUAUUAAUGGGAUGUCCACAACAAGGAAUCUCUCGCGAGUGUUCGACUAACAAGAGAUCCUGUGUCAGAGACAGUAUUCACACGGAAACAUGUCCGGGCUGGUUUAGUGAUAAUACAGUUGGUUUAUUAUUUGAGUGAUUAAACAUUGCAGACAGAUUUUUUAAAAUGCCAUUAUUAUUAUUAUUAUGAUGAUGAUUAUUAUUAUGACUAUUUUUGUCAACAAUUUAACUAAAAGCUGCCAAUCCAGUAUCAGUUUGCGUGAGUUGUCUCCAUGUCUGUUAGACAGACACACCUUUUGGUUUUUUUGUAUGCUAACCUCUGUUAAUAAAAUGUUUAUAAAGUUUAUUUUCGCCAAAGAUAUGCAAUUGCAUUAUAUAUGGUAUUACUGAAUUAAAGAUGCUCUUGUUUUA